UAGUACAUAAAUACAAGGGUUGCGACUCUGCUUAGACCCUUUUACACUAAUCCCUCUUUUCUCACGGCCUCCUUUUCUUCUUCAGUUUUUAGGGUUUUCAGGUGAUAAUUGAAGAUGUCACGUGUGUAUGUUGGUAACUUGGAUCCAAGGGUUAACGAACGUGAAAUCGAGGACGAGUUUCGCGUUUUUGGUGUCAUUCGUAGUGUGUGGGUUGCAAGACGACCUCCUGGUUAUGCUUUUGUUGAUUUUGAUGACAAACGAGAUGCUCAGGAUGCCAUUCGUGAACUCGACGGUAAGAAUGGUUGGAGAGUAGAAAUGUCUCACAACUCUAGAAAUGGAGGAGAUAGAGGUGGUGGUGGAGGUCGUGGUGGUGGAGGCGGCCGUGGUCGCUCUGGUGGUUCUGAUCUUAAGUGCUAUGAGUGUGGCGAGCCUGGUCACUUUGCUCGUGAGUGCCGUGGUGGUGGAGGCGGUAGACGUCGCAGCCGCAGUCGAAGCCCUGCAGCUAGAUACCGCAGGAGCCCUAGCUACGGCCGGAGGAGCUACAGUCCUCGUGGUGGCAGGUCACCGCCACGUCGUAGCUUGUCACCACCCCGCAAGACUAACUACAGCAGGUCACCACCGUAUCGUGGACGAGAGGAGGUGCCAUAUUCAAACGGAAAUGGGCUUAGAGACAGGCGUCGUAGCAGGAGCUAAUCAAUCUGGACAUUAGGUUUUGAACUAUCCCGAAAUUUGUUAUCUGUGCCGACUUGUUUGAACUGUAUCUGCAUGAAUUUCUUGAAGGUUCUAAACUUUUCAAAGUACUGAGUUUAUUUAUCUGCAUCUAUCUCCUUUAUUAGAGUUACUUAUAAACGUUGUAUGGUCAGUUGAAUCUUACUUUUGUAGAGCAGUGCUAAAGCUGUAUGUUUGUUUUUG